CUACUCAAUUUCAGUCCGGUUUUGUAUUUGUCGUCGAUCGCAACCCAGGCUGUCCAACCAACAAUUCCAACUCUUUUUUUUUUGCUUUUGUUUCUGUCGUGUGUGGUGGCACAAAGUAAAAAGUUUGCCUGCCAGACUGUCUUGUCUUGCUUCGCCUAUCCGAAUUGUCCCGGUGUCAGAGCGAAUUCUGCGGUCUAUCAGUCAGUCAGUCGAGUCAAGUAAGCCGCCUGCUUGCUUGCCUGCCAGUAGCCGUCGUCGUCAAGUCAGUGUUAAUAAAACGUUUUUCCUUCGUCGUAGUGAUAAGCAAGCACCACAGAAAAUAAUUCCGAUUGCGGUAAGCGCGAGUGCUGCUAGCUAGCGAUUUUGAAAACACCGACGGGAUUAAGAUAGCCGGUGGUUGGUUCUAUUGUGUUGUUGUUUUCUUUACUUAACCGUGUGCUUGUUCUUUGUGAUAUUGAAAUAAAAAGUGCAAAUUUUAAUUUGUUGGCUUGCGCUUACGCUUUGGCUGCUUAUUGACAGCCUUGACAAACGAAUAUCGACGAAUAGUGAGUGAGGUUGUAUGAACUUUGUGGAAUUGUGCGCUGCUGCUUCUUCCCCCUCUCUCAACACUACUACUAGCACGCCUUGACACGGUGAAAAUGAAGCAUUUCUGCAUAAAUAAUUAAUACAAAGAAUAGAAUAUUGCGAAAAAAAGGGAAUAAAUUAUAUGGCCACUCAUACUGUGCAUACUGUUACGCGUGUUGCAUACUCCUCCUUUGCUUGUGUGUUGUUAUUGAAUUAUUAAAAACGUAUUGUGGUUAGUUCCGAUAAGAAAUCGAACGUAAUCUAUAUAAACAAAAACAAAAGUCCCGCUAUCGUUUGCAAGGAGGGAAGAGGAAGAAGACGAAGAAUAGCAGAAACAACCAUUUGUCAAUCAAACAUCAGGUGGUGGCAAAUGUUUAGGAGUUUUGUUUACCUGAAAAUUUGAAUUCACAACUACUUGUUAGGAGGUGUUUGAUUUUAUUACAAAAGAGGAUUAAAAGAUAAUCUAAAAAUCUUUAUUGUGUGCUUGAGGAGGAAGGAAAACAAACAAGGACAUAUUACACUUUUGCCGCAAUAUACGCAUCCUUGUUAACAAAAUGGUUUUGGUAUUGAAUGGCGUGCUGCAGGACGAUUGUCCCAUGGACACCACCAGCUUGUUCAUGCAACAUCCCGUCUACAGAGAUUAUGCCCAGCAAUUGUUAUCGAUACCCACAAAGUCCGUAGGAGCAGUGGGUCUUCUAUACGUAGGUCAAAGGGAAAUGGCCGCCGCUGCACCCCAUGAUAAGAAUAUCAAUAUUAUUGGCACAGAUGAUGCCACCACCUGUAUUAUAGUGGUGGUACGGCAUUCAGGUUCAGGUGCUGUGGCAUUGGCUCAUUUCGAUGGAACUGGUGUCGAUGAAGCUGUCUGCACCAUGGUUGCUCGUGUACAAGAGUUGGCUUUGGGUUAUCCCGAAGGUCGCAUUGAAUUGCAAUUAAUUGGUGGCUAUCGUGAUCCUCAGAGCUAUGGCGAGGAGGUUUUCUACAACAUAAUGCAAUCAUUCCAUAAACAUCAUCUUGAAAUUGAUCUUACACAAGCCUGCGUUGGUGAACUAAAUACAAUUUUACGUGGUGAUCUCAACUAUCCCAUUAUAUAUGGAGUUGGUGUGAACAUUAAGACUGGUGAAAUAUUUCCAGCCACAUUUCCCGAACGGGGGCCAGACAGAGAGCUACGCGAUGCACGUAACUUUAUGGGAGCACAAACGGUUCUUGAUAUAUAUGAUGCCUCGUUGGGCCUAUUACGUAUUGGACCCUUUAAUUAUGAUCCCUUGAGGGGAGCAGAUUUGUGGCUAUCACAAACCGAUGACUUUCUGCUACAACAUUUAUCCACCAGUCCCGAAGUGGAGCCGCCACAUUUCACACAUCAUAUGAGGGCUACCAUUAAAUUCAUUCAAGAGAAUCAAUUCCCUGCUAUCACCGUUUUUCGAGAUAAUCGACCCCGUUACUAUAGGCGUGAUGAGACUACGGGUUUCUGGACACUGCAAAACUUUUCGUUAAACUAAGGCUAGAAACAAAAAACAACUAUAAUGGAUUUAUUUUAUUUCUUUCUUUUUUUAUUGUCUACUUUAAGAUUUUAGAUUGAAAAUCAUAUCUAAAAGAUAUAGAAUCAGAAUUCUGCUCUUUUUGGUAUUCGCCUUAUUAAGAAAGAAAACACAAAAUGGAUUUAUGAAGAAAAUCUUUAAAUUGAAAAAAAAAAGAAAAACACCCUCUUAUUAAUGAAAUUGUUUAAUUUAAUUGAAAUUAUAUAGUUAAAUGUAUAAGAAUUAAAAAAGAAAAAUUACAAAAACAAUGUACUCUAAUUACAA